AUGAUCAUCACAUUAUUUUUGAUAAAAGACGGUGGCAUGAUGAGCGAUAAUAGUUCUUGUUCAUUGUCUGAAGUCUAUUUAUAUGAUACCAUCAAUGAUCAAUGGGAUACCAAGGUAUAA